CCCCGGAGAGGGCUGAGGAUGGCUCGGGCCGCCACUCUCGCGCCCGGGCCGCAGGGGACAAUGCCGCAUUCCUUCUUCCUCGUCCCUCCCUGUUGCUUUUACGAGAAACACUCCUUGGCUCCGCGAGCCCGGGCUCCAGGUGCCCCCGGGAUGCAGCCCUGCCCUCCCUCCUGCACCUCCGCGUCUCGGAACGGCCCACCUGGGCACCGGACUGGGGAGGACACUCGCAGCUCGGCCCGGACGCACCUGUUUAUCCUCUUAUUUAAGCCUUCCUGGCCCCCUUCCCUUCUGCCUGCUGGUCGUCGAGGGGCUUUCCCUCAACCACCGGCCCCCCUAGUCUCCUCUUAAGCAGUAGCGCUCGGAAUGGGUAGACCGAAGCUGCGGAGACCCCCGGGACCCUCUCCCUGGGUCAACAUCUUCCCUUGGACCCCCGCCAAAGAAGAGAGACUUGGGGAAAGGGACGCCCCCCGGGCGGGCUGGCUGACGGGCCAAAGGCGGCCUUAGGCAAUGCGGAGUAGGCCAGGGAAUCAGAUCCAAGCCUCGCGCUGCCUGGGGGCUCCCAGAGCCCUGCCUCUCUGGGUCGUCCCUUCGGCGGGUCUCGGGCUCCCAGUCGGCGGGGACUCUGGGACGAUCGAGUGUAGAAACCCCCUGCCUUAUCGAGGCUCCCCACGCCAUUUCCGCGACUGCCGGGUGCUUGCGCCCCUGGCCCCACCGGGGAAGGGGACCCGCAGCUGUGGGCGGUGUCUGGGCCGUCGGGGCUCCGCUGGACCUGCGGGUGCCCUUGGGCACGGGGACGGGGAGCGCCACCCCAAGCAGGCACUUUCCCCAGAAUUCAUUUUGGAAACCGAGGCCCCCGCUCUCAGCAAAUGUGCCUGGCCGCCUGCGGCGCCACCCCUGAGUCACAGCCGUCGGGCCUUGCCGUCCGGACGCGGCCCGCCCGCCUGGGCGCCACCAGGGGGCACUGGACUCCGACCCACAGGUCGCCCCGCUUUGAGCCAACCCGGAGUAAAGAAGCCCAGGCUGUCCCCAGUUGCAGAUGGGAACAUAUUCAGCGGGAGAGGAUCACGCGCCCAGAGGCGAAGGCAAUUCCGAUCCAGACCCAGCACGUGAGCGUCUUCCCAGCUUCUCCUUCCAGGGCGCCUUCAAGGAUCCCGGCUGCCUUCUGAUCCCGAGGUCACAGAGCCUUCAAUAACCAGACCAUCCUCCCCAAACGCUGGUUCUUACUUUUCUUCCCCUUCCAAAAUAUGGCCUUUGGACUCGAGAGAAACGAGCCGG